AUCUCGAAUCCGUCGCGCGAGUUAACUACACAAACCACUGUCACGAUGGCGAGCGCUCCUCCUAUGGAGUCCUCUGUGCCAGUGGGCUUUGCAGCUCCACCGUCUUAUGAUGAAGCUAUGGGCGCAGGAGGCCAUUACCCACAAGGCUCUGCGGUUCCUCCUGUUCUGGGGCAGAAGGCCGCAGCUCCUUAUCCAGCACAGCCUUAUUCACAAAUGUAUCCACCCCUUCAACCUGUAGCCCCUGUGGCAAGCCCACCCGUGGUUUCAGUGCAGACGGUGUACGUGCAGCCGGCUGCGUUUGGAGACGUUCCAGCGCAGACGUGUUGCCCGGUGUGUUCUCAGAUUGUGGUAACUCGACUGGAGCACAAUUCAGGCACCAUGGCCUGGCUGGUCUGUGCGGGCCUGUGCAUUAUCGGCUGUAUGUACGGGUGUUGCCUGAUCCCCUUCUGCGUGGACGGUUUAAAGGAUGUGACGCACUUUUGUCCCAACUGCAACAAUGCUAUCGGCUCGUUCAAGCGGCUCUGAUGUGGUAACAGGAACUGAGCACAUAUCCACUGUACCUUUUGUACUUUCAACAUUCCUAGUGUUCCUCGUUACUGUAAAUGUAUUAACUUCCUUCAUAAUUCUACUUAAUUCUGCCAUAUAAAAUAUGAAUAAGAAUCAUGAUUGAUUCUAUAUCUUCUACUUUCUUUGGACUGUAUACCUUUACAAUAAUACAAAAUGCUACACUAUUUUUAAAAAAAAAAAAAAAAAA